CUACAUGUCCAAGAACGUUUACACCUAUCAACAUAAGCCACCCGAUGAAACAUUAGCGACGCACACGAGCUAUUGUCCCUUUAAUAAAACAGUGCUGUCAUCUCGUAACUUCAUGUGUUUUAGAAUUUCAGUACUAUUUGAAAGCGGAUAAAUGUCUGAAGUGUGAUGUGUUAUUGUGUCCUGCAGAGGCUUCUAAAAGGGCCCAAGAGGAGGCUGACGCACCAGAUCUCGAGUGUCAGUCUGACGACAGCAGUGACGAGGGCGACGCUUCAGGAGACACUGAGAUGGAUUUCUUACGCAGUCUCUUCUCACGAACUCUUGGCCUGAGUCCUGGAGAGAAAGUCUUGGAUGAGCUGACCCUGGAUGGGGUCGCCCGCUACAUCCUGAGUGGCAAAUGCAAGAACAUUAUCUGUAUGGUUGGAGCUGGAAUAUCUACAUCUGCUGGAAUCCCAGAUUUCCGCUCUCCUGGCACUGGUCUAUAUGCUAAUUUGCAGAAGUACAACCUGCCUUACCCAGAGGCCAUCUUUCAGAUUGACUAUUUCAAGAAACAUCCGGAGCCCUUUUUUGCUCUUGCCAGAGAGCUCUACCCAGGACAGUUUAAGCCCACAGUAUGUCACUAUUUCAUGAGGAUGCUGAAGGACAAAGGUCUACUGACUCGCUGUUACUCUCAGAACAUUGAUACUUUAGAGAGAGUUGCAGGUCUGGAAGGAGAGGACCUGAUUGAAGCUCAUGGUACGUUUCACACCUCUCACUGCGUGAGCUUCCUCUGUCGUAAGGAGUACUCCAUGGACUGGAUGCAAACUAAAAUUUUCUCUGAAGAUAUUCCUAAGUGUGAUUCCUGUGGGAGCCUGGUAAAACCUGAUAUUGUGUUUUUUGGGGAGAAUCUGCCUGCCCGGUUCUUCACUUCCAUGAAAAUGGACUUUCCUCGAUGUGACCUUCUCAUCAUAAUGGGCACAUCCCUGCAGGUUCAACCUUUUGCAUCACUAGUCAGUAGAGUGUCGAACAGCUGUCCUAGACUGCUCAUCAAUAUGGAGAAAACCGGACAGUCAGAAUUUGGCAUGGGAUUAUUCAGUUUUGGAGGAGGAAUGGAUUUUGACUCAGACAAAGCCUACAGAGAUGUGGCUCACCUGAGCACCUGUGAUGACGGCUGCAUGGCUCUCGCCGAACUGCUGGGCUGGAAAGAAGAGCUGGAACAGAUGGUGAAGCGUGAACAUGCUUUAAUUGACAGCAAAGAUGCCAAAAAGAAGGACAAGGAAGCCAGUCAGAACUCCAAAAGCACUGGGGCAGAGGCUGGAAAGAGUGACAAGACAGAAUAACCAAUCAGAGCAUGAAGAGGGUUUACAUGGCAGCCCUAAUAGAUCUACAGAAUUUAACUCCACUUCUCAAAGCCAAGUCUGUCCUUCUUGAGUCUACAGUCGAUCACAUCUUUCUGUUUCUUUGAGCUUCUGUGUCUCUCAUCUGCCUAUAAUAGCAAUACAGAUAUUAUAGAAAUAGUACAGAAACCUCACAGAGCUCAGACAGUAACAGUGAGACAGACCAACAGCAAACACUCUUGCAGAAACAUGGUGUUAUGCAUGGGCCAGCAGACGGUUUUGAUUAAAAACAGUUUGUGAAAUAAUCAUAAAAAAAAAAAAAAAACAAUGCUAUAAAUGUAAUGUUUUAAAGCUGAUAAGCAUCACACUUACACUUUAUGCUUUUUCACAUAAGGUCUCAUUUUAUCCAGCAUAAAGCAGAGUUUGAAACCCAAAUUUACUACUGUAAUUCUGUUACUCAGAAACAUACAAAAGGAAACUUUUUUUUUUUUUGCAUUAUGAUAAUGAGAAUUUACAAGAUAAGUCUGCUUAAUUCUUACCAAGUUUCAUGAGAUUAACAAUAAUACUAAUAAUAGUUUACGAUCUUCUGUCUAAACUUGUCAAAAUAAGAUUCUUUUCUUUGUGCAAUCAUUUGUAGAUUUUAGUAUAAUGUUAUAUUUUUAAAAGUAUUAAUGAAUGUUUAUUUGAAUGAAUUAUUAAUGAUCUCUGCAUUAUAUUAACUAUUAUAAUACAUUUUGAUGUUAAUUCAUUCUCUGUUGCUUAUCUUUGGUUCGGAAUAGAUAGCUACGCCUGUGGCUCAAUUGUGUAAGAGGAAGUUUGCCUAACAGUGUUUUACAACAUGACAAAACAUAUCAGAUUGAGCCUAAUGCAACCUUAUGUGGGGAAACGAGAAUUAAAGAUGAAACCUUUAAAAAUUUUGUA